AUGCAGAUUUCCCUUCGAGAAGGUCUAGUCCAGCUCAAGAAAAAUGGAAAACCACCAUUACAGAAAAAUGAGAAAGAAGGAAAAAAAGAGCGAGCUGUGGUGGACAAGAUGUUUUUUUCAAGGCUCUCACGGAUUCUGAAAAUCAUGGUCCCUAGAACAUUUUGUAAAGAGACAGGUUACUUGAUACUUAUUGCUGUUAUGCUGGUGUCUCGAACAUAUUGUGAUGUUUGGAUGAUUCAAAAUGGGACACUCAUUGAAAGUGGUAUCAUUGGUCGUAGCAGAAAAGAUUUCAAGAGAUACUUAUUCAACUUCAUCGCUGCCAUGCCUCUCAUCUCUCUGGUUAAUAACUUCUUGAAGUUUGGGUUAAAUGAGCUCAAACUGUGCUUCCGAGUAAGGCUAACUAAAUACCUCUAUGAGGAGUAUCUCCAAGCUUUCACAUAUUAUAAAAUGGGAAAUCUGGACAACAGAAUAGCUAAUCCAGACCAGCUCCUUACACAAGAUGUAGAAAAGUUUUGUAACAGUGUAGUUGAUCUGUAUUCAAAUCUUAGUAAGCCAUUUUUAGACAUAGCUUUGUAUAUCUUCAAGUUAACGAGUGCAAUAGGAGCUCAGGGCCCAGCAAGCAUGAUGGCCUACUUGCUUGUUUCUGGGCUAUUCCUAACUCGUCUUAGAAGACCCAUUGGUAAGAUGACAAUAACUGAGCAGAAGUAUGAAGGAGAGUAUAGAUUUGUUAAUUCCCGGCUCAUCACAAACAGUGAAGAAAUUGCCUUUUAUGAUGGGAAUAAAAGAGAAAAGCAGACAAUUCACUCGGUCUUCCAAAAACUGGUGGAACACCUACAUAAUUUCAUUUUGUUUCGAUUUUCUAUGGGCUUCAUUGAUAGCAUAAUUGCCAAGUAUCUUGCCACUGUAGUUGGUUACCUAGUUGUUAGCCGCCCUUUCCUAGAUUUAUCUCAUCCUCGACAUAUCAAGAGUACGCAUUCAGAACUUCUGGAGGAUUACUACCAAAGUGGAAGGAUGCUUUUACGAAUGUCUCAAGCUCUGGGGCGAAUAGUUUUGGCUGGCCGUGAAAUGACUAGAUUGGCUGGUUUUACUGCUCGGAUUUCAGAAUUAAUGCAAGUACUAAAGGAUUUAAAUAAUGGAAGAUACGAACGCACAAUGAUCUCACAACAAGAAAGAGGUAUUGAAGGAGCACAAAGCAUUCCGUUGAUACCUGGAGCUGGAGAAAUCAUCAAUGCUGAUAAUAUUAUAAAAUUUGAUCAUGUUCCUUUAGCAACGCCGAAUGGAGAUAUCUUGAUCCGAGACCUUAAUUUUGAAGUUCGAUCUGGGGCCAAUGUUCUAAUUUGUGGUCCAAAUGGCUGUGGGAAGAGUUCACUUUUCCGUGUUCUUGGUGAAUUAUGGCCUCUCUUUGGAGGACGUCUGACUAAACCUGAGAGGGGAAAGUUAUUUUAUGUUCCUCAGAGGCCUUAUAUGACCCUUGGAACACUUCGAGACCAAGUGAUAUAUCCAGAUGGAAGAGAAGACCAGAAAAGGAAGGGGAUAUCUGACCUCGUACUGAAGGAUUACUUAGAUAAUGUCCAGUUGGGUCAUAUCCUUGAACGUGAAGGAGGCUGGGACAGUGUUCAGGAUUGGAUGGAUGUACUCAGUGGUGGAGAGAAGCAAAGAAUGGCAAUGGCAAGAUUAUUUUAUCAUAAACCCCAGUUUGCUAUUUUGGAUGAGUGCACAAGCGCAGUGAGUGUGGAUGUGGAAGGCUUCAUCUACAGUCACUGUCGAGAGGUUGGCAUUACUCUCUUCACUGUGUCCCAUAGGAAGUCUCUUUGGAAACACCAUGAGUUCUACCUGCAUAUGGAUGGCAGAGGCAAUUAUGAAUUUAAACAGAUAACAGAAGAUACAGUUGAGUUUGGCUCUUAGAAUCUGGAGAACGGUACCUGCUUCGAUGAAAUAAUUACAGGAUACACUUAGAAAUGCAAAGUACAUUGUAAAAUAAAGUUGGGCUUUUUUUUUUUAAACCAAGCAACAAACUAACUAAAUAUAAAAUAAUCGAGAACAAGUUGUUAAAACAUUUAAUAUUAUAUAGAAUAUUGCUAAUUGUGUAUAUGUUGGUUUAAUUAUUAAUAUGUACUAAGAAUGAUGUUAUUCUUGUGGUUGAAAAACUGCCUAAAUUAAAUUGGGCUUACAUCAGUGUAACCUGAUUCAUCCUGGGAUGUAAACCAUUGGGAGUCAGCUAAUCUGACUCCUGUGGAUCUGUCUUUUCCUUAAAUCAGGGGUGGGGAACAUCCGGCCCACAAAAUCAUUUGAUGUGGCCCUGCCAAGUCAAUUGCAGGUGGAACUCGAAAUUUAAUAAAAUUAGGAGCUUUUUUCAUAGCUAAUUUUUAAGUUGAUAAUUUUGUAUGACCUGUGAAUGAUGUUAUAAAUAUCCAAAUGGCCCUUGGCAGAAAAAAGGUUCCCCACCCCUGCCUUAAAUGAAGAACCCUGUUUAAAACGGGUCAUCAUGUGUCCUGUUCUAACAAGAUAGUCUUGAGUUUCAUUUUCUUGUGCCCCAUGAUGGUGGGAAGCAAACAAAUCAUAGUGUGUUAUCAAAGCGUACAGCAUCUUUGCAUAAUAGCGUUUAUUACACAGCGGCAGAUUUCUUUAGCUGCCACAAUUAUGCUCAUUCCUUGUAUAUGUCUUGGGGGUACAUUUGACUCCAGGAAAGCCAUUUGAAUUUUCUGUGGCCAAAUAAUAAAUGUGUCCCUCUCAGCCUGCAGUAUUGAGUUGUUUUGAGGGUUCUUACAAAAGUAUACCCAGUCCUGCUCAUGGGGCAGUUACUAUGUUUCACACCUAAUCUUCCCAAUGUUUGGGAUAUUGAAACACAAAGUCCUUAAAUGUCAAGUUCAAGGUCUGAAAAGAUGUUUAGAUGUUUUUAAAGAACUGGAUGGGUUUGUGUACAUAAGAGCCCAUUCAUAGAAGUGUGGUGGUUACAUGGUGUAAACUCCCAAUGAGCCAUAGGAAUGCACUGUAUGAACGAAUGCACUGAGUAUGCAACAUUAUCACUGUCUUUGUGAUUUCAUGUUUAAAAAUUUUACAAAACUAUUAUGCACAUGGGUGAAUUAUGUUCCCUAGGUACUGGUUCAUCUCCAUGAAUCUUUAAUAACUUUUUAAUAUUUGGGUUAUUAUGUUGAACUAUCCUAAGAAAUCGAUUUCACCUCACCAUACCACCAUUAAUGACCACAUGUAUUAUUUGCACAGUGAGAACUGAAACGGAAUAUUAUCAAUAACCUCGAUGUGAAAUCAGUCUUAUCAAAUGGGGGUUCAGAAAGGGACAUUCUUUAUUCUUGUUUCUGCAAAACUGGUUUUGUUUUGUUACAGAAUUAGUUAUAAGAAUUAUCAGCUACUAAAGCAAAACUUGAUGUACUGAUUCCAUAAUACAUAACAUUCAGUUUUUACCACUCUCUUUAACAAACCUGUAUACUUAAUUUCUGUUCAGAUUUUUUUUAAAACCAGAUAUUCUGUACACCCUUUGCUUGUUCUUUUUAUUCUGGUAUCUAAACAAUGGGCAAUUCAUACGGUCUUGACUUGAAAAACACAAAAAUAAAUUAACAUUCAGAAAGCUC